GUGGUUUGUAUACUUCUUCGACGGUCUAACGGUGGUGAACGCCGUGGUGAUAGGCGUGUCAGACGAAGCAUCGUGGUGGGACGCGCCGCUGGAGUGGUGCUUCCUUGUGAGCUUCCUGCUGGAGAUCUUCCUCAAGCUCAUCACCCUCGGGCCUGCUCGCUACUUCAGGCGGAUUUUCAUUUACGUGUUCGCCAUCACGGGCAUGGAGCUUUUCCAUGGACUUAUACGGGUGAAGGAUGAAGUGAACGUCAUCGAUGAUAAACUUGCGAGCAACAACUCGCAUGGCUUCCCCAUGUACUGCGGCAACCCUAUCGGGAUUUUCAUGUACGUGUUCGCCAUCACGGGCAUGGAGCUUUUCCAUGGACUUAUACGGGCGAAGGAUGAAGUGAACGUCAUCGAUGAUAAACUUGCGAGCAACAACUCGCAUGGCUUCCCCAUGUACUGCGGCAACCCGGCCCUUCAAGGAACUGACUUCUGGCGACUGCAAUACUGCAACAACAACUUCAAUGACGUCUUGCAUGCCUUCAUCGUACUGUUCGAGCUCACUGUCGUCAACCAAUGGCAUGUUUUGGCCUACGGUUUCUCAGCGGUGACUCACCCAUCAGCACGUCUAUUCUUCCUGCUCUUCCACAUGCUCUGCGUCACGCUGCUGCUCAACGUGUUCACGGCGUUCGUGCUGGAAGUGUUCUUGUUGGAGUUCUCGGCGAGUGAAGGCGUUAUGGAGACGCAACUUGAGACCAAAAUAUUGGCUAAAGUUCAAAGGGACGUGUUCACGGCGUUCGUGCUGGAAGUGUUCUUGUUGGAGUUCUCGGCGAGUGAAGGCGUCAUGGAGACGCAACUUGAGACCAAAAUAUUGGCCUUGGGCCUUAGCGACACUCGCCGGAAGAGGAAGUUCUCAACCACAAGUCAUGACGAGCUGGUGAUGCAGGAUUCAGAUGGUGAAGAAGAUGAUUUUUACCGAUGCAAAAAAGAUUCUCCGACGUCACAAAGGAAUUCUAUGCAAAAUGUGGUGCGCAAGAGCUCUGAAAAUUUCAGAGAGAGCGAUAUUGGACAAAUUUUCAAAAAACGGGAAAAUUCGUUUAAUUUUGAUGGAAAUUCAUUCCCAGAUAGUACCGUUUUUGUUUAUAAAAAUAAUUGGGUUAGUGCCAAAGAUUGCCCUGAAGGUAAAUCAACGGAAAAUAAUUUAAAUAUACCCGUGAAUGAAACUGACUCAGGAGAGAAAAAUAUCGCUGGCUCCGGCGCCAUUGACGCUUCAAAUUUGAUGGAUGGAAUCUCGGUGGAAGUCUCAAAUAAAAGUGAAGUAGUUAACUGUGAUUCUGUUUUAUCGGUCGAUAAGUCUAUGAUUUCGGUGAUCGAACCUCAAGCGGAGUCCGAUGCUUUGGACCUACUAGCCUCAACUUCGUUACUCGAAGGAACUUCGCCGGUCACCGAUGCCUUCGAGACAUCCACCGACAUAGCGACGGCGAUCACUCCCUAUAUACCCGCAAAGCUGUCUUCCGAUACGGCAACAUCACUACCAGCUCUCACUAUCGUUGAUACAACUAAGACCCAUGAAAAUUCUUGUCCCGCGAAUUGCUCUGAAGAAGAGGAUUGUGAAAAUCCUAGCAAUCCUCAAGUCUCAGAUUUUGCGCAGAAGACUUCUGAGGAUUCAACGGACUCUACAGGAAGUAAUAUACAAUACGAGCACGAAUGCGAGUGCAUCGCAUCAUCUGGGCCCGCCCUCACAUCCCUGCUAUGCGACACCUCCGUCCGCUUCCAUCUCUCCAAGAGCGUUCGCAGCGUUGAAGUUCUGCUGCAGAGGAUGUUCCAAGAGGAGCUGCAGCAGGAGUAUCAGAGGAGCGAACUGCGGCGACUGUCAAUGCCACCUCAGUCAGGGCAGUAGCGCCUGCUCUUCAGUCAGGGCAGUAGCGCCUGCUCUUCAGUCAAGGCAGUAGCGCCUGCUCUUCAGUCAGAGCAGUAGCGCCUGCUCUUCAGUCAAGGCAGUAGCGCCAGCUCUUCAGUCAAGGCAGUAGCGGCUGCUCUUCAGUCAAGGCAGUAGCGCCUGCUCUUCAGUCAAGGCAGUAGCGCCUGCUCUUCAGUCAAG